AUGCAGGCCGCAGACACAUCCUCUGCCAUCAACGCAGAGGCCGGAGGAGGGCCCAAAACACUGCGGCACAAGACUCUCUCCGCCUACUACGACCAUCUCCUCACCCUCGAGCACCUCCUUGUCGGCGUCGAAGGCCUUCUCUUCCACUCUGAUCCUGCCGAGUACCGUGAGCUACUGGAACACACCAUCUGUGCGCCGCGUGGGGAUAAGGCGCGUGUCUUCCCUGCAUAUGGUCCUACAGAUGGGACACAGCAAGAAGCGAUAGACCGCAUCUUGCAAGACUUUCGGGGCUCUGACGUGCUUCUUCUUGGUAGCCGAAACGCACCAAGUAACUAUUACAUGUCUAGUCGCUCCUCGGCGCACCUUUCCACAGGUGCACCGUCCACGGCUCUCCGCUCACUUCCUUGGAAGAUCCUUCGGUCUAGGCUCGGCGACUCGGGCUUCCGCCACCUGUUCCACACGUCCUCCAUCUUCCUCCCGCUCGGCAACAACUGCUACCAGCAACUAUGUGGUCCACCCAUCCACGACAUGUACGACCCCAAACGCCAUGUCAAGGCGCAGCAGCCGCCUGCCCCCGGCAAUCAGAAGCGAAAGCGUGACGACGAUGAGAAGGUAUUGGUCAAAGUAGACGGUGCUCGCAAAUUAGUCACCAAGAAGACGGGAAGCGGAUCUACUAUGGCCGGCCAUCUCGCUCGCCAAACGGCAAGAUCCAGUAUGGGCUUCCUCGUACUCGCUGCCGGCAGCUGCUUACCCACUCCCUCUGAGCAAGUAUGCUUGACGGUUAUCCUGGACAUGUUCCCCGCCAUGCGCAAUCACCGUGCCGUCCCCGGGGGGGACGUGCGAGACCGCGUGCGCGGUAACCCCAAGCGUGUGGGAAGCAUGGUUGGCGCCAUGGGAGAGUUGCUCGUCCGGCACGCGCGUCUCGACUAUGGUGCUCAUCUCCGACGGUGCUUGGAUAGACUGAAGGAUGUCCAACUUAACGCCUACCCGCCACUGGAGGGAGAAGACUCCAAGCCUCGUUUGGAAUGGAUAAAGAGUGUACGCCGCACCGACUCGGAGCUCAGUACCAAGGCUUCUUCCCGUGGCGGCAGCAUGCCUGCAGUUUCUCCGCCGUCGCCUGUUCUACAGCCGGUAUCGCCAAGUCAGGUCUGUCGCUUUCUUGGCUCAGUGUUGCGCAGCCUCCUCCCCAUUCAACGUAUUGGAGAGCACAACCUGCGGGUCAUUGUUCACAACUCGCGUAUCCUGGUCCGCGCCAAGAUGUACGAACAAAUCAGCGUCCACUCGCUGGUGCAAGGUCUGCGUAUAAACGAUUUUAUCUGGCUGUGCGUCGGUGACAGCCAGCGUGUCCCCCCACACGAGGCUGCCAAGCGCCGGCAGUUGGUUGAGCAGUUUAUCUACUGGCUAUUUGAUCAGUUUCUCAUUCCACUCCUUCAGGCGUCAUUCUAUGCCACCGAAACGGCCUCGACUCGUUACGAGACCGUCUAUUAUGCUCACGAUACUUGGCUCAACGCUACCGAGCCGCAUUUGAGAGAGCUCGAAGCCACCUUGUUGGAGGAACUGGACGAGCAGCAAGUGGCACUGAAGACGGCACUGGGUAUCUCUGCCGUGCGCCUCAUCCCCAAGCCGGUUGGCUUCAGACCCAUUGUCAACUUGGGCAAACGAAUGCGCAUUGCCAACAAGAGUGCCGCAGUGUCGUCGGCUCAGCUGACAACUGCCAACGAGGUGCUCCGUGGUGUCCACCAAAUCCUUACCUUUGAAAAGGCAAGUAGUAGGAAAAGAGAUUCCUUGGGUUCCUGCCUCUUUGGAACCAACGAGGUGUUUGCUCCUGUGCAGUCUCUCAAGCGCGAGUUGAUGGACAUUCACGAUGCCAUGCCGAGAGUAUACUUUGUCAAGAUGGACAUCAAGGCAGCGUUCGACACGAUCAAGCAAGACAAAGUGCUCGAGGUGGUGGCAGAGCUCUUGGACAAGAACAAUGACUACUGUCUCAUGCUCUACAGUCUCCUCCUCCCUCCAGCGAGCAAGGCAUCCCAAGGCUCCGCCCGGCGACUGUUCAAAACCCGCGCAACAAUCUCAGACCAUACCUUGGCCACCUUUGGCGAACACGCACAAGACAUGGCUGCGCCGCUGCGUAAUGCCGUCUUGGUGGAUCUCUUUCGACGCAAAGAGGUAACCCGUGAAGCGUGCAUGGAGCUGCUUCGUACGCACAUUCAACAGAACAUGUGGCAGGUGGGAGACAAGUGCUUCAGGCAAAAGACGGGAAUCCCACAAGGUUCCAAGAUCAGCUCGCUGCUGUGCUCGUUCUUCUACUCGGCGAUGGAGGCUGAGUACCUCUCAUGGACAAGACGACGCGGAACGCGCCUCCUCCGAUACAUUGACGACUUUCUACUCAUGACAGACGACUACAAUGUUGCUCGACGCUUCGUGACCGUCAUGUCGCGCGGCUUUCCUGAAUACGGCGCGUUCGUUUCGCCGUCCAAGACAUUGCUGUCGUUUGAGCUAGCGCCCGGUGGCCAUGCUGCACCGGUGGCGAGUUUAGGCGAGAACGGUGCAUGCCACUUUCCGUAUUGCGGUUUCCUGAUCAAUACCGAUACGCUGGACUUUAGCAUCGACCACGCGAGGCUCAUGGCUGGCCUCAUUCGCCCUCCGCUCGAACCGGCGGCGUGGUGGCAACUUUGUUGGGUGGCUGAGCAGACAACUCGAGAACCGCAACCAUGUUGCCUAUACCACAACGACAUCGACACAGUCUACCUGAACGUCUUCAUAAAUUUCGCUCUCACCGCAAUGAAGAUUCCCCACUACUUUGAAGGCAAGCCGUUAGAGUACAGACGCUCCAAGCUGGUUUACGACUGGCUCUGUCUUGCGGCAGAGUACACGUACAGCGCUGGCCGGGCUCGUGUCCGCCACGCAGCUCGUACGGCCGCGUCGGAACACUUUGGUGUGCCCAAGGGCGCCUUCCUGUUUAUCGCCAAAGCAGCCAUGUGUCGUGUACUCGCACGCAAGGCGUCACGGAUGGCCCACGUUAUGGACCUCCUGCAGCGUGACCUCGACAGCAGAGCGACUCGCGGCCUGCGACACUCCCUCGACGCAGUCGUUACGCAUGGGUGGUCAAUAGUCAAGAGUGCCAAGUUUUGA